AUGGCCCCCAUUUCCAAGACUCUCGCCCUCGCUGGUGCCCUCUUUGCCGUUUCUGGCUACGCUGCGCCCUUCAACAAGCGCGCCGUCGUUUGGGAGACCGUCACCGAUGUCGUCUGGGAGACCGUCGACGUGACCACCACCAUCUACCCCGGUGGCCACGCCACUGCCACGGUCAUUCCCGUGGUCACUACCAGCUCCGUCGAGACCACCUCCACCGCCCAGGCCGCUCCGUCUGCCCAGAAUCUGAAGGAGGAGGAGGCUACCACUACCUCCACCACCUCCGUCGCUGCCCCGACCACCACUGCCCAGGCCACCACCACUGCCGCUGCCGUUCAGGAGGCCGCCUCCGAGUCGAGCUCGACUUCGUCCGCUGCCUCGACCACUUCGUCCGCCAGUUCCAGCUCUAGCUCCACUACCAGCUCUGGCUACUCCGGCUCCUGCGACGAGAGCUCCCCUUGCUCUGGUGACAUUACCUACUACGAUACUGCCACCACUAGCUCCAACCCCAGCUCUUGCGGCACCACCAACGAUGGCACCACCGAGCUCGUCCUUGCUCUGCCCCACGGUAUCAUGACCGACUCUGACUGCGGCAAGUCCGUUACCAUCAGCUACAACGGCGUUACCAAGACCGGUACCGUUGUCGACAAGUGCAUGGGCUGUGACAACAACUCCAUCGAUCUGUCUCGCGCUUUCUUCGAGGCCGUUGCUGGCUCUCUCGACGCUGGUCGCAUCUCCGGUGUUGAUUGGUACAUCAACUAA